UUCGCUGAGGCGGUGUGGUUGAGCGGAGCAUGCGCAGGUGUCCCGUCCGAGCUGAAGCGGUCGGUAUGGCUGCCAGCGGCAAGUCGUUCCUGUCCGAUGCGGGCUAUGGGGAGUAGGAGCUGGACGCGAACUCUGCUCUCAUGGAAGUCGACAAAGGUCUCAGAUAUGGGAAGCUCGGAGAGCAGUGCGAAGCCGUCGUUCGUUUUUCCAGGCUCUCCCAGAAAUACCCGUUCCCCAUUCUCAUUAAUUCAGCUUUCCUAAAGUUGGCUGAUGUGUUCUGAGUCGGAAACAACUUCCUGAGGCUCUGUGUGCUGAAAGUUACUCAGCAGAGUGAGAAGCACUUAAGAGAAGAUCCUAAAUGUGGAUGAGUUCGUCAAAAGAGUCUUCUCCGUCAUUCACAGCAAUGAUCCAGUUGCUCGGGCCAUUACCCUUCGGAUGUUGGGCAGCAUGGCGUCUGUCAUUCCAGAAAGGAAGAAUGCACAUCACAGUAUUCGUCAAAGUUUGGAUUCCCAUGAUAAUGUGGAAGUUGAAGCUGCAAUAUUUGCUGCUGCCAAUUUUUCUGCACAAUCAAAGGAUUUUGCUGCUGGCAUAUGUAAUAAAAUCAGCGAGAUGAGACAAGGUUUGGCCACACCUGUGGACUUACUGAAGUUGAUCCCUAUUCUACAGCACAUGCAUCAUGAUGCUAGCCUAGCCUCCAGCUCCCGGCAGCUGCUCCAGCAGCUGGUAACAUCAUAUCCCUCCACCAAGAUGGUCAUUGUUACUCUGCACACCUUUACUCUGCUUGCUGCUUCUUCUUUGGUUGACAUUCCUAAGCAGAUCCAGCUUUUGUUGCAGUACUUGAAGAAUGACCCCAGGAAGGCUGUGAAGAGACUUGCAAUCCAAGAUUUAAAGUUGCUGGCCAACAAGACACCACAUACGUGGAGCAGAGAAAACAUUCAGGCACUCUGUGAAUCUGCUCUUCACACUCCUUAUGACAGCUUGAAGCUGGGCAUGCUGUCUGUUCUUUCCGUGUUAUCGGGGACCAUUGCCAUAAACAGUACUUCAGCACUGCUCCAGGUCUUUGCCGUUUCCAGUCCCAGGAGCUCUGCAGGAAGGGCCAACUCAUGCGAAUUGCAGAGCAACCAUCUUUCCCUCCUGCAUCCAGCCGGAGAGCAUAGCCUGUCAGCACUGACCGUGCUUUGCAAGGCUGGGAAAAACACCCCGAUGUGGAAGAGAGCAUCCACUCCGCUGAUGUCCGCAGGAGCAGCGUCUUCCCUUCUUGCUGCCAGCCCCGCUUCCCUCCCCGCGAUUUCCAGGUCAAAGACACAGCGAAGAGCCCGAGUCGGAGACUGCCAAAAAGUUCGGUAGAGGAAGCUCUGGCUCAGCGUCUUCACUGUUCGCACUGUUUGCGCUGCCUCGCCUCCGCUUUAACCCGCUCAGGCACUGCCGGCCGGGACAGCCCGCAGCCUCCACCGCAGAGGCGGGCAGGAGCAGCACGGCUGGGCCGGCAGCACUGUCCUGGCACUUACACGGAGGGAAGGGAGGAGAAGAAAAGUGAGAGGAAAAGGAGCAGAGGGAAAAUGCGAGUACGAAGAAGCCGCAGACAGCAAGGGAGAGGCAGGCGCGGGCUGCACUGGCACCCAGCGACGGCGGCCGGGACCGCUCCGGGAAGCGGCGGCGCCGGCUCCGGACCGGGCACCACGACGGGAAGGGGAGUGGAGGAAUCUCUCCUGAGGACUGGGCUUCCCAAAGCCCCUGCUCCUAAACUGGAGGAGCUGGGAGUUUCUAAUAACCUACAUUUUGGGGCGGGGAGAAAGGAAAGGGAAAAAGAAAAAGGGAAAAAAGGAAAAAAAUCCAAACCUCGACCUUUUCCCAUGUAGUCCUCAAGGGUGCUUGUCCAAGCCACGAAAAUGGGAAGUGCCUGGGGGAAGGUCGCAUGCAUUUCACUCUUUGUAUGGCACCAGACUGUGUUACUUUCCAGUGCAGCUGAAGGAGAAAUGAAGCCUUACUGGUGAGAACUGAACGAAUCUUUCCAGAUUCAUCUACCUGUGUUUCACAAGUCUGAGAGCAAAUCUGUCUUUUCCUGCAAGAUAAAAAACAUUUUGCAUUUCAUU